AUGUCGCAGCCGCUCAAUUCCUCCCGGGAUGCUUCCAAUCCCCCUGCUACACACAGGGUAUUGAUAACGAACAAGCAUGGAGAGAAACUUGUGGGGCUGCUGCAUCCCACGGGUUUGAACAGGAUUAUAGUCUUGUGCCAUGGCUUUACGGCCUCCAAGAGUUCUGGCGUUAUUGUUGAUCUAGCAGAUGCAAUAAUAAAACAAGGGAUUAGUGUUUUUCGCUUUGACUUCAGUGGAAACGGAGAGAGCGAAGGCGUUUUCCAGUAUGGCAACUACAGGAAAGAGGCUGAAGACUUGCAUUCUGUUGUCUCAUAUCUGUAUCAGGAGAAGUAUGAUGUAGCAGCUGUUGUUGGUCACAGCAAAGGAGGAGAUGUGGUUGUUCUUUAUGCUUCCCUAUAUGACGAUGUCCGUAUGGUUGUUAACCUAUCCGGCCGAUUUUAUUUGGAGAAAGGCAUUGAGGAACGCCUAGGGAAAGAAUUUCUUGACAGAAUAAAUAAGGAAGGUUACAUUGAUGUCACAAACAAGUCAGGAAAUGUUUUAUACAGGGUAACAAAAGAGAGCUUGAUGGAACGACUGAACACUGACAUGCGUGCAACAAGCCUCUCCAUUAGCAAGGAAUGCAGCUUCUUCACAGUUCAUGGUUCUGCUGAUGAGAUCAUUCCUGUGGAAGAUGCAUAUGAGUUUGCAAAGCAUAUACCGACCCACAAACUGUGUGUCGUCGAGGGAGCAGAUCACUGCUACACUAGACAUCGUAAAGAACUUUCUGAUGCUGUAGUGGGUUUCAUUACAUCCAACAAGGCCAGGGAUACCACGCUAGAAGAUCAAUGA